UCAGCUUGUAAUUAUGAUCCACUUUUUGUAGCUUGGAUACUUUUCCUUAUGCUGGAACAACCACCACAUGUGAAUCACUAUACAUGGGAGUUCCUUGUGUCACUAUGGGAGGUUCCAUACACGCUCAUAAUGUUGGUGUGAGUCUUCUUAAGACAGUUGGGUUACAGAACCUUGUGGCGAGGAAUGAAGACGAGUAUGUUGAGUCGGCUAUACAGUUGGCUUCAGAUGUUACAUCUCUGUCGAACUUGAGAAUGAGUCUUCGAGAACUCAUGUCAAAAUCACCACUUUGUGAGGGGACACAGUUCACCCAAAAUCUUGAGUCAAUAUACAGGAGUAUGUGGCGCAGGUACUGUGAUGGAGAUGUGCCAUCUUUGAGGCGCAUUGAAUUAUUACAACAGCAGCAGCAGACACAAACAGAGCCGGUGGUUCCCGAAGAGUCACCUGUGAAGUCAGUGGAAAAAACCACGAUUUCUGCUUCAAAAGACGGGUCAAUUAAAGAGAAUGGGUUCACUACAAUGCCACCUUUGGUAUAUAAUAACUCCUCUACUGGUGAAGAAAAGGUGCAGUUAAAUCAAAAUAGUAAUCCUGGUAGCUGAGUUGAGAGUUGUUGGAUCAAUGAGUCUGUCUGUUUAGAAGAAGUCGGGAAUGAUUGGUAAUAGAAGCCAAGAUUCAAGAACAAGUCUUGCGAUAGCGUGUGUGAAAUCAGACCAAGCCUCUUGUAUCAUAUAAUUUAUGAGGCACUUAUGCGCUAAAUUGAACGACUGACUUGGUUAAUGGCUGCAAUUAUCUCUGUUGCAGAGUGUGCAGGCAUAAUUCUUUUUCGGAAAAGAAUGUUGGAAGGGCUAGUGAAAUUAUUAUUUGUUCCAGAAAUAGAAUUGUAGUUAUUAGGAUACGGGUUGUAUUAGUUAUUUCUCUCUUGCCCGAGUUCAGGUGGGAUUUUAUGCCCUUCCCGUUGUAAGAAGUAUAGCAGACUCAGAUCCUCUUUCUAGUGGAACGAUCGGUUAUUUUCUUUUUUCUAUUUAACUUUUAAGAAUUUUAUCUUCCAAA